CCUCUGUCCCCUCCUGCGAGACUCGGGGUUCCUCAGCUGGCCGAGGUCGAGUCAGUGUCAGUCAGGGAGGCGAACUGCUGAGCACUGGCCGCGGACGCUCAGUUGCAGUCUCGCCCAGGGGCAGGUACCUGCGCUCGCGCCGCCGGCUGGAAAGGAUGAAGCCGCAGCUGGAGCAGCCACCCUAUGAUUGGCUGUGGCGCUUGUGAACCCAAAGUAAAGAUGGCGGGCGGGCAGGUAGCCGCCGCACUGCCCACUUGGAAGAUGGCGGCGCGCCGCAGCCUCAGCGCCCGCGGCCGGGGGUUCCUGCAGGCGGCUGCGGGGCGGCUGCUGCCGCUGCUCCUGCUGAGCUGCUGCUGCGGCGCGGGCGGCUGCGCAGCGGUGGGCGAGAACGAGGAGACGGUGAUCAUCGGGCUGCGGCUGGAGGACACGAACGACGUGUCGUUCAUGGAAGGGGGGGCGCUGCGGGUGAGCGAACGGACCCGGGUCAAGCUGCGGGUGUACGGGCAGAACAUCAACAACGAGACGUGGUCCCGCAUCGCCUUCACCGAACACGAGCGGCGGCGCCACAGCCCGGGGGAGCGCGGGCUGGGGGGCCCCGCGCCGCCGGAGCCGGACAGCGGCCCCCAGCGCUGCGGCAUCCGCACCUCAGACAUCAUCAUCUUGCCCCACAUCAUUCUCAACCGCCGCACCUCGGGCAUCAUCGAGAUCGAGAUCAAACCGCUACGCAAGAUGGAGAAGAGCAAGUCCUAUUACCUGUGCACGUCGCUCUCCACGCCCGCCCUGGGUGCCGGCGGCUCGGGAUCCGCGGGUGGCGCCGUCGGGGGCAAGGGCGGCUCUGGGGUGGCCGGGCUCCCGCCGCCCCCGUGGGCCGAGACCACCUGGAUUUACCACGACGGCGAGGACACCAAGAUGAUCGUAGGCGAAGAGAAGAAGUUCCUGCUGCCCUUCUGGCUGCAGGUGAUCUUCAUUUCGCUGCUGCUGUGCCUGUCGGGCAUGUUCAGUGGCCUCAACCUGGGGCUUAUGGCCCUGGACCCGAUGGAGCUGCGCAUCGUGCAGAACUGCGGCACGGAGAAGGAGAAGAAUUACGCCAAGCGCAUCGAGCCUGUGCGCAGGCAGGGCAACUACCUGCUGUGCUCACUGCUGCUGGGCAACGUGCUGGUCAACACCACGCUCACCAUCCUGCUCGACGACAUCGCCGGCUCUGGCCUCGUGGCCGUGGUGGUUUCCACCAUCGGCAUCGUCAUCUUCGGGGAGAUUGUGCCCCAGGCCAUCUGCUCCCGCCACGGCCUGGCUGUGGGGGCCAACACCAUCUUCCUCACCAAGUUUUUCAUGAUGAUGACCUUCCCCGCUUCCUACCCGGUCAGCAAGCUGCUGGACUGCGUCCUAGGCCAGGAGAUAGGCACCGUCUAUAACCGGGAAAAACUGCUGGAGAUGCUCCGGGUCACCGACCCCUACAACGACCUCGUUAAGGAGGAACUGAACAUCAUCCAAGGGGCGCUGGAGCUCCGCACCAAGACGGUAGAGGACGUGAUGACCCCACUCCGGGACUGCUUCAUGAUCACUGGCGAAGCCAUCCUGGACUUCAACACCAUGUCUGAGAUCAUGGAGAGCGGCUACACCCGCAUUCCAGUGUUUGAAGGGGAGCGCUCCAAUAUCGUGGACCUGCUGUUUGUCAAAGACUUGGCCUUCGUGGAUCCAGAUGACUGUACUCCCCUGAAAACCAUCACCAAAUUUUAUAACCACCCCUUGCACUUUGUUUUCAAUGACACCAAGUUGGACGCUAUGCUGGAAGAAUUUAAGAAAGGUAAAUCUCACCUGGCUAUCGUGCAGCGGGUAAACAAUGAGGGAGAAGGAGAUCCGUUUUAUGAAGUUCUGGGAAUUGUCACCUUAGAAGAUGUGAUUGAAGAAAUCAUCAAAUCUGAGAUUCUAGAUGAAACAGAUUUAUACACUGACAACAGAACAAAAAAGAAAGUGGCUCACCGGGAACGAAAGCAAGAUUUUUCUGCCUUUAAGCAGACAGACAGCGAGAUGAAGGUUAAAAUAUCACCACAGCUCCUCCUGGCCAUGCACCGUUUCCUAGCAACAGAAGUAGAAGCAUUUAGCCCAUCCCAGAUGUCAGAGAAGAUCCUUCUAAGGCUGCUAAAGCACCCCAAUGUCAUCCAGGAACUGAAGUAUGAUGAGAAGAACAAGAAAGCCCCUGAAUACUACCUCUACCAGCGCAACAAGCCAGUAGACUACUUCGUUCUCAUUCUGCAGGGGAAAGUGGAAGUGGAAGCUGGGAAAGAAGGUAUGAAGUUUGAAGCGAGCGCCUUCUCAUACUACGGCGUGAUGGCCCUGACGGCCUCUCCAGGUGAAAAUAAGUCCCCUCCUCGCCCAUGUGGCUUGAAUCACUCAGACUCUCUCAGUCGAAGCGACCGGAUUGACGCCGUCACACCAACACUGGGGAGCAGCAAUAACCAGCUCAAUUCUUCACUCCUCCAAGUCUAUAUCCCCGAUUACUCGGUGCGAGCCCUUUCGGAUCUGCAGUUUGUUAAGAUCUCAAGACAGCAAUACCAAAAUGCCUUGAUGGCAUCCCGGAUGGACAAAACCCCUCAGUCUUCAGACAGUGAAAACACUAAAAUCGAAUUGACUCUUACGGAGCUGCAUGACGGGUUGCCAGACGAGACAGCCAACCUGCUCAACGAACAGAACUGUGUGACGCACAGUAAGGCCAACCACAGCCUGCACAACGAAGGCGCCAUCUAGGCCGCACUGGCUGCACCCGCCCAGGCCUGCACCCGCCCACUCCCCAGGGCCCGGCCCCGUCUGCCCAUGACUUCACUGGUGUGAGUUUGUCCGCCAUGCUGCACCCUGCAACAUCCUGAGACCAAAGACCUUGUGCCCUUCCCAGGAGCCGCGGAGGAGGACGGUGAGGGGAGGAAUGGAAACUAGAAAUAUGAAGUUGGCAGCCGGGGCGUGGCGUUCAAGAUUUUGGAGAUGAACUGAUUCCGCCCAAAUAGAAUCAUGUUUAUUUUUUCAGCUCUCCCUUUCAUCGUUAUUCACGCUCCUCUGCCCUCCAUUUGCAUGAAGUUGAAAAUUGUCGCGAUUUAUUUUUUCAAGAGAUCAUGUUUUUAAAGUGUCUUUUGCAGAGUUUUAAGUUGUUCUGUCCGAACUCUGCUGCGAUCCCAUGAUGUGACCCUAAUAGGCUGGACUUGCCCCUCCGGCAGCCUUCCUUGGCUCUCCCAGGGAGGGGCACCCUUCCUCUGCGCCCCAGUGGGCAUCACUGUCGAACUCGCUGGCUGAAGGAAGAAGACCGUGUUACUGCAGAACCUGCCAAGUCUGUCAUCACUGUGGGGUGUAGCCUGCCUCAGAGGGACCUGCAGUCGCCUCUCUGAGCUCAGUGGUAUUUUGAGAAGUUAAUGUUUAACUGUACCCCUUUCCCUCAGGAAGAUUUAACAUUUGCUUGGGAAUGUGAUUUUGCUCCCACCCUAAGGAAUUUUUAUCACCAAAAUGAAUAUUAAUGAAUUUGAAACCCAUGGUUUAUCAUUGGCAAGAGGCAAGUUGACUUCAUCCUGUCAUUCCAGCCUGGGGUCUCCCAGCCAGCCCUCCUCCCCGACCCAGUGCCCAAGCUCACAGAGUGUCGCCUCCCACCUCCCUGGUCCUUGCUCUUGUUAACCCAAGAUGCUGCUACACAGAUGCCAAAUGGAAAUCUUCCACAGGGCUGUUCAGUAAGCACGUGAUGUGGAGUGCAAGCUCCCUUCAUGUCCCCUUCCCGCUAGGACAUAGUUCACAGAACAGGAGUCGGACCUUCCAGCUGCACUCUGCUGCGUGCCGGGAAGGCAUUUCUAGACCCGUGUUUUUCAAGGAGGGAACUUUGGGGAUUGCCAGCCCCUGCUCCUCCUCCCAGGGAGUCAACUGUCCCUCCUCCCCUGUCCCUGGGCCCAUGGGCCCAGCAGUGGCUGUGUGCCCUGCCUGAGGGCCUCUGCCUCCUCCCUCAGAUGCAGAGAGGCUGCCUGUACAGCCAGGGUCAGUUUGGCCCCAAACAGGGAUUCAGAAACCAAAUGCGUGUUGUGGCCAUUUUAUGUGUGUCUCCGUCUUAUUUUAAUACCAAAUUCAUCAUGUAGUGAAAUUAUGUCAGGAGGUAUUUGAGUGACUGAAUUCUUAA